UAAUUGGAAUAAUCAUCGAAUUUGGACAUACACCGAAAAUAAAUAGUUUGUGUUGGUCACGUGACAUUCAUGCUGCAUUUCCAAAAUGGCGCUAGUGUGUGCAAUUAGUAAUGAGGUUCCAGAACACCCAGUUGUGUCUCCAGUCUCUGGAUGUAUCUAUGAGAGGAGGCUGAUAGAAAAAUACAUUCAUGAAAAUGGUGUGGACCCAAUGACUGAACAGAAGCUUACUGUGGACAUGCUGAUUGACAUGAAAACAUCUCCUUUGGUCAAACCAAGACCACCUUCAGCAACAAGUAUCCCUGCUAUCCUUAAAGCACUUCAGGAUGAAUGGGAUGCUACAAUGCUGCACAGUUUUACAUUGCGCCAACAACUACAAACAGCCAGACAAGAGUUGUCUCACGCUUUGUAUCAGCACGAUGCAGCUUGCCGUGUCAUAGCAAGGUUAACCAAGGAAGUGACAGCAGCCAGAGAGGCUUUGGCCACAUUGAAGCCCCAAGCUGGCAUUGCUGCCCCAGGUUAUUUGCCUCAUCCUACAUAUGGAGCAGAGGCUGGUCCAGAAAGGGCUGAGGCACCCAUGGAGGAGGCAGGCAUGACCGAAGAAGUCUUACAGAAGCUGCAAGACAAAGCAACACUGUUGACUGCAGAGCGUAAGAAGCGAGGAAAGACCGUUCCAGAGGGCUUGGCAACCGUCGAUGAUAUCAGGAACUACAGGCAGCAGGCUUCCCAUGUGGGUCUGCAUAGUGCCAGUAUUCCAGGCAUCCUGGCAAUGGAUAUCUGUCUGAGGGAUACAUCUAGAGUAGUGACAGGUGGUAAUGACAAGAAUGCUGUAGUUUUCAACAAGGACACUGAGCAGGUGAUGGCUAUAUUGAAGGGGCAUACCAAGAAGGUGACCAGUGUCAUCUACCAUCCCACAGAGGAGCUGGUAUUCAGUGCCUCUCCUGACCAUAGUAUUCGUGUGUGGGGAAUCCAGACUGCACAGUGUGCACAGCUUGUGCGUGCUCAUGAGGGCCCAGUGUCCGGUAUCAGCUUGCAUGCUACAGGAGACUACCUGCUUAGCUGUUCCACUGACACUAACUGGGCGUUUUCAGAUGUUCGUACUGGAAGAGUGUUGACUAAAGUAUCGGAUGGUGCUGGAGGAGCUUUGACCUGUGCCCAGUUCCACCCUGAUGGUCUCAUCUUUGGCACCGGAACAGAGGACUCCAUGAUUAAAAUUUGGGACUUGAAAGAGAGGGCCAAUGUGGCCAAUUUCCCAGGGCAUUCUGGGCCCAUCACAAGUAUUUCUUUCUCAGAAAACGGUUACUACUUGGCUACUUCAGCAGAUGAUUCUGUUGUGAAACUUUGGGAUUUGCGUAAACUGAAGAAUUUCAAGACCUUAACUUUGGAUGACAACUACGAGGUGAAGAGUUUGUGCUUUGAUCAGAGUGGAACCUACCUGACUGUUGCUGGAACAGAUGUCAGGGUUUACCUGUGCAAGCAGUGGCAGGAGCUGAAAGUGUUCAAUGACCACACAGCUCUGGCCACCAGUGUCCGCUUUGGACACAAUGCUUCAUUUGUGGUGUCUGCCAGCAUGGAUAGGUCACUCAAGUUCUUCAGCAUGUAACCUCCACCAUGUCUGUACAGGCAAAUAUGGCGUCCUCAGGUUUAAAGGCAGGAGAAAACUUGAGACAUUAUAAAUAUAUGACGAUGUUGAAAAUUGUUUUAACUGUGACUCUUUCACUUUGUUUCAAAAUUUAGUUAUGCUAUAUUAUUAAAAAAAUUCAUUGAAAGGAACAUCAUGUAUAUAUAACUACAUCAUGAAUCGUGUUUAAAAGAAAAAUGUUUGUUGAUAUAUCCUGACUAAAGAUAGCAAUCUCAGAAGGCCUACAAGAAAAGAGUACAUUUGUUGAAAUUAUGAACUGUCAUUGUAACUAAAUCCAUUGUAGCCCAGAAAUAUAAGAUAAUUUUUACUUUU